GGGCCGCACAGGAGCUGGGCCGGCUGGGCUACCAGGUGAGCACCAGAGGCAGAAACGCUCUAGUGAUUACCCUACUUGUGCUACUUUCACUAGAUAUUCUGGAAAGUUCUUCUCUGGUGUUGUUGAUGGUUUGUGUUCUAGGUAUCGUGGUGUUGUCCAGAGAUAUGGCAUGGGCUAUCUCUUAGAGUUUGCUAGGACCAAGGUGCUGCUCAGGUUAGUGAAGUGGCUUGCCAGUAGGUUCGAUGUCCCUUCAUCUGAAUUCCAGCUCAAAAAGAAAUUUAUCCCAAUGACCAAGUAUGAUAUUCAUGGCAUCCUCGACCUUCCAGUAGAUGGUGAGCCACUUGUGUGUGAUCCUGAAUCCGGUCGUGACUUUAUCCUCUCUCACUUCAACGUGACCAGUAUUCCUCCCGUGUCCUUUGCAAACAAGCUAAAAUCAACCGAAGUCGAGUUGCCUGAUGAAGAUGUCUUUAUUUGUUUCAUGAUUGCUGCUUUCUCAUCAUUCCUUUGUCCCAACUCUAGCCUCAGUCCUAGCCCAAAGUACCUUCAUAUCUUUAGGGAUUGUCCUUCUGUGCGUAACUAUGAUCUGUCGAAAUUUGUUUAUGAGUGGCUGUUGAGUUGCAUAAAGAAGUUCAAGGAUUCCACUAAAGUUGCUUCCAAAAGAUCAGUGACGUUUGGCGGUUGUCACUAUGCUUUUGCUGUGUGUUACCUUGACCAUCUCAAUUUUGGUCUUCACUCUCUCCCUGAUGUAAAGCCUUGGAUCCUAGCAUGGAGAGGCAACAAAGUUAAGCAAUUUUCAGAGCUUGAUAGAAACAAUAGCCGAUCUUUUGGUAAGAGGCCUCUAAAGCAGCUGUGUCCUUCAGUUCAUCCGCAGCAGUCUAUCGAGAAAUCUUCAUCAAGCAAGGAUGAUGAUGUCCCCCUUUGCAAUGCCAAACUUUUUGAAAUGAAUGUGCAGAAAUCAUUUGGUGCUCGUUUUGGGUUAGAGGCUGCUCAGGUAGUUAUAGACCUUGUUCAAUCCAGGAACAAAGAUAAGCCUAAGCUAUUUGUAGAAUGGUCAGAAUCUCUUGUAAUUGAUGUCCUUGAUUGCAUAGCAAACUCAGCUUUGAAUGUGAAAUCUAUUGCUACAGCAAAAUUUUCUCCAAGCGAUGUUCAAUCUCUAAACAACUUCUCUUUUGGCAAUAAGUCUGUUUCUAUUCACUCUUUCAUUCCUAAAAGAAACAUUGAAACUGUUGUCGAAAAGCCGUCUUCUCAAGUCCAACCCCCAAUCCCCAAUCUGAAUGAACCUUCUACUUUUGCUGCUGGUGUUAUUUCGGAUGGAGAUUUUCUCAAUCCGGUAGUAUUAUCUAGUUCAUCUCCAGUUCCUAAGGUGUGUGUUGAGAGUGUGGUGAAUGAAGCUAAUGCUGAAGGUGCAAUUCCAAUGGCUCCUCUAUCUUGCGCAAAAAGUGCUUUUGAUGCUAUAGGUGUAUCCCCGUCAACAAUGCAGUGCCCAAUCCCUGAUGUUGGUUCUUCGCUAAUGCAAUCAGGCGGUCCUGAAAAGAAGUGCGAGCCCAAGGUUGUUGUCAAUGAUUUUCAAAAACCAAGUUUUGCUGAAUUCAGUCGCUCUCUUGGCGUUCAAUCACAUCCUGAAGAUUCUAUUGAACACCACAAAGUUAAAGAUGGUGUCUCUUAUGUUGGAGGAUUGUCCCCUCUGGUUCCUACUCGUUUGACGCAGAGGUUCCGUAAUGUGAUAGAUGAUGUUGAGUGCUCUCAGUAUAAUGUCGAAAGAUUCUUGAGUUCGAUUGAUCCUGCGAAAGAUGAGGAUUGCAUUGAAAUGGUGAAUCUGCCUCCUUCUGAAGUUUCAAAGUCAAAUUUCUACUCAAGCCACCUUAAUGAUCAGGCUACUGCUAGUCCAGAAGUAGAGAUAUUGUCUUCUGGGAAUGCCUCUAAAGAACUCUCUCCUGCUCAAGUUCCUAAAGCGGAUGGCGCAUCUUUCGUUUUUCCUAGUGGUUCAUCUGGUGGUCAUCAACCUCGCAGGAUGGUUUUACCAGGUAGAUAUAACUUGGAUCCUUAUGUUCCUCAGGGUAACAAGUUCCCUGUUACUGCUAAAGAAAGGCGUCACCACCUAGCAAUGGUGGAAAUUGGGAGUCAUGCAAGUUGGUGCAAAUAUGAAGCAAUUCGAUAUGACCGAGCCUACUGUAGCUAUCGCAAUCUUGCAACUUUGAAGUCAAAAGAACAUGUGGAUAAUUUCUUGAUUUUGUGCGUUUGUCGUUAUUUGUUCAAACAAGCUCACCCGUCAAUAUCAAAGAAACAUUUUUUUCUUCUCUUAUAUUGGGGCAAUGCUUUUACUGGUGCUAACAGUGCUUUCCCAAUGUGGAGAAGUAAUUUGCAGUUCUUUCCCAUUGGACAGGAGAAACACUGGUUCACCUUUGUUGUUUGCUUGAAGGAGAGGGCUUUUGCAUUUCUUGAUUCUCUGUACGGGGCAAAGGAUCAUUUUCAUCUGGGAAUUCGUGAUAAAUUGAUUGAAAAUUUCAUAACAAUCUGGGAUCAGUAUGUGACUCCUAUCCUGCGUAAGCGCAUUGACUUUGAGAAUUUUGACAUUGUGUACCCUACUCUUCCACAGCAAAAUAACUGGGAUGAUUGUGGUGUUUUCACUAUCAUGUAUCUGAAGCACUGGACUCCUAGGACCCCAAUUGGCAAUAUGUUUGGCGCAGCCGAUGUUGACAACAUAAGAAUCAGAUUGGCUAAUGAGUUGUAUUUCAGUGGAUUCAACAGUGUCGACAAGACUUUUGUCACCCACUUCUUUGAUGAUAUCAAGGCUUAGGGUUCCUGGGAGAUGCAUUGCGGCAUUGAGGGCUUUGGUUAAAACUAUGCAUUCCGAGAAAUUAUAGAUAGUAGUACUGCUGGCAAUGUUUUGUUUGUCAGUAGUGUGAUUAAAUACGAUAAAUUUGUACGCUUUUUGGUCUACAUGUCAUGUAUGUGUAUUUGGAUGGCUGUUUGAUCUUUAAUGUCGUGAAUUAGUGACUCUUUUUACAGAGUAGUUUGAGAAGGAUGGUUUCAUUAUCCCA